AUGUCUGUCCUACCGGUAUUAAUUAAGACUGUCUCAACCACUUCCAUUUCGAACGAAGAGGAAUCCAACCGCACAUGUACAUGUACAAUGUACAGCAAGCAGCAAGCAACAACCCCACACCAAAGCCGAUCAAGAGCUUUGCCAACAACCCCAUCAAUCGACCAAACCGUACGAACCAUGUCGAGCACCGCGGUCAACACCACUCUUGGCAAUUCUUGGAUGGAGCCUCGUACCCUCCAUCCUAUUGAGGGGUCAUCAUUGUUGCAGCUAUUAAUGAAGGGCAGCGUUGAAUCCUCCUCGGGAGAGACAUUUCUUCAACCCACCACUGCCUCUGACUCCAAUGAGGGACAGAUGGAUUCAAACGGAAGGUUGCUGCUGAUUCUUGCCAACGCAAUGCUGAUCGUGGAGGAUGGAGAGUGUAGUAUGACAAGUCCCGUGGAGGGAAUGUGGAAUGGAGGAAACGGAACCAUGGAAACAUGA